GGGUGGGGUUGCCACGCGGUGACGCUUCUGUGCGCAGGUGACGUUUCCACUUUACGCACCUGCAGGGCUGCAGCUGAUUGGCUGUCAACGAUCCUCCUCAACAUGGCCGCCGGAGUUUGACUGCAGGAGUCGAGUGUAAAGUCUUGAAAGAGUCCUUAUUGCAAUGGGAAGCAGACAUGUGGGAGAUGUGGAGGUGAGCAUGAAUAAGGCAAGUGUGGUCCGGGAGCAAAUGUUCAAAUUGUGGUUGAGCACAGUGUUGCCUACAAAGAAUGUGAAGCGAGGAGAAAACUUGACAAACAGUUGCAGAGGGAAGGAAGACAACAGGCAUUGUAUGUUAUGUAUAGUGUGUAUGUAAAGUUUUCUAUGACUCCAUUGUUUGGAGAACUGAGACAUGGGGUAUAGGAAAAGGAGGGAGGAGUCAGUUCUUACAAAGAUGACAAUAGGACAUUUUUUAUUAAUGAAAUACUAAUCUGAAAGCCAUUAGAGUAAUCAUUCUAGACCAAAGGGUGGUGGUCAUGCACUGAUUUAAUCUGCUACUGCCGUAUAAAGACAGAGGAAGAGGAAGAAGAAUGUUACAACUGCAACUUGCACAAUCACAAGACUGGACCGACAAAGUCAAGUGCUAGCGCGGCCAGUCGAGGCCUGAUCAAUACGUGAUCAGCCAGAGAGCUCUGAGGCUGCACUUAACCACAAGAUCAAAUCUGCGAGGAGCCUCUGACACUCACACUUCCUGUCCUGGUGAAUGGUGAAGCGGUGCGGACCAAUGGGAGGGCAGCGGUGAGGAUGCAACAGUGAUCCAGGAAAAAGCAGCCCAUUGUUCCUGGGACGUCGGAGAAGUGUGACCUCCCUCCCUCCUGCCGGCUCUGCCCGCUCAACCCAUCCGCUCACUGAAGGACUCACGACCCCAGUGACAGGUAUGAGUGGGGGAGUCAAUGUGAAGUCGGCCCCUCGAGGGCCCCCCUCGUCGGGAAUCCCUCUCCCACGUAGCCUGUUGCCCUCUUCCCCCAAAGCAGACCCUCGCCACCGGGCUAGUGACCUGCCCAGGCCCUCAAGUCAAACUCCUAAAUACACUCCCACGCACACACCCACACAAUCUCCUUCCCUCUGCCCACGGAACUCCAGCAUCCCUGGUCCUUCCUCCAGGGACAUGCUGAAAGAUGCUAACCUGAAAAGUCAACUCUUCCAGCGAACAGGAAAUCGAACUUCUCCCCUGGUGUCCCGCUCUGCCUACAGCAGCCCACUGACCCAGCGGCGACCUCCACCACCACACUCCAAAGACACACUGGAUCUUGGAAAACCUGCCCUGCCUCAAACCUCAACACAAUUACCACAUAAUGGCAAUCACAACAGAAACUCCUUCAGCAAUAAGAACCAAGCAUGGGGAGCCAGUAACCUGUGUCCACGGCAACAGUUCAGCACAGGCGACAACUACAACUCUAAAACGGCAACAGAGACCAUGCCCAGGGGAGAAAAUCCUCCAGAAAACCAGUCAGCCCAUUCCACCAUGUUAAACAACGGUAACCUCCGCCCCCCUCUCACUCAAACAAGCUAUGAACACGCCAUCAAAUGUCGCAGCAACUCCAUGAGCCAGUCAGAUGAGGAGAUGGGGACCUCUGAGGACAGCAGUCCGGCCUCCUCUCCCGGGCCCCUGCCACUGCCGCCCAUCAUGUUCACACUGCCCGGGACGUUGAAGAAGGAUGUCGAUACUCAGGAGCAAAACCUGGACAAGGAUGCUGCGUCCACAGAGACACCAAGAGUCAACAUGGCCACUGUGGCCCCCUUCAGCUACAGGCUGCAGGUGCAGGAUGGAGAGUUUUCAGUGGACGAGCUGAGUGACUGCUCAUCUGGAUCCAUAGAAGUCUGCUGCGAUGACCUCACACCAGGGGGGAUGCUGGAGGCUAAUGUGGCUAACAUUAGCAUGACGGCGAAGCCCAGAGAGCUGAACCUCAGGUCUGCUGCUGCCGUCUCCUGCCAGGAUACUUCAGCCCAGGCCAUGGCCUCUAGGAAGCCCCCGCCCAAGCCCUCCGCUCUGCCCCAGGGUCCUUCACGUCCCUCCGGGUCAGAGCUCAAAGUCUACCGGCCCUCCUCUGGAUCUAUCCCAAUUCCAAUCCCCAAUCCUUCUGGCCUCCGCAAGCAGCGAUCACUCAACAACUUGUGUGUGCUCACUGAUGCUGAGAAGAAGCUGCACCUGUACCAGUCUCCACGGUGGAAUGAUCUUACAAACCGGCCUGGCGCUGGCGCCAACAAGGCAGGACAGACUAAAACAGGUCCGGCUGGGGGUGGGAGACCUCCGCUCUCUCGGACCCUUUCAAAGUCAGAACAAUCUCUUUUCCAGGGAAAACCCAAACCACUCUGCUCGCCAGCAGUCACUUCCAACACCGGCAAGCCGAGUCGAAUCCCUGCCCCUGGUAAACCACGGGGACCUUACGCUGAGGUCAAGCCCAUCAGCAAGGCCUCUGAGGUGGGACAGAGUGCAGACAUAGACCCCUCUGACAACCAAAUUAAAGCUAACUCCAAUGGAGCCGGGAGCACCGGGACUAAUGGCAAGAAACCAGGGGAGAAGGUGAGAUCUGCCUCCCCCUCGACAGAGGACAAGAAAGAGAGGAAAGGGAUAGAGGGGGAAGAUGACAAGAGCUUUCUGAAGGUGGACCCAGAAUUGGUGGUGACGGUGCUUGGAGACUUGGAGCAAUUACUCUUCAGCCAAAUCCUCGGUGAGUCCAUGAUCACUACCCAAUCCUGCUUGACAACAUACAGGUGCAAAUCGUACUGUACAUCAAGUCGAAACACAUUGAGUAACAUAAACAUCCUCUCUGCUCUCCACACCCAAACUGUUCCCUCCAGCUCUGGACCUAAAGCAUCAACAGUGAAUUUUAAAUGA